GAUGUGCGUUGGUGUUGCAGGAAACAGCCUCGUUCUGAUAGUUAGGGCAACACCUAGAAAAAAAACAGGGAGUCAGAGGAGGGGAGAGUGGAGUUGACGAGGAUUUUAGCCCGUAAUAUGGGCAAAUUUUAACACUAAACACGCUGACUGCUUCUGUCUUAUCUAACACUACAUUAAGAGUUUUUCGAUCCCUUUGGAUUCGUGAAGCACACUAGCUAAAUUGUAAGCAUGUCGCGGGGUGUGUUACAACCAAGCCAGCAAAAGCUGGCGGAGAAACUGACCAUUUUAAACGACAGAGGCAUCGGGAUGCUCACCCGUAUCUACAAUAUCAAAAAGGCAUGCGGGGAUCCCAAAGCUAAGCCCUCGUACCUGAUCGACAAAAACCUGGAGUCGGCGGUGAAGUUCAUCGUCCGAAAGUUCCCGGCCGUCGAAACACGCAACAACAACCAACAGCUUGCACAACUACAAAAAGAAAAGUCUGAAAUACUAAAGAAUCUAGCCUUGUACUACUUCACAUUUGUGGAUGUUAUGGAAUUUAAGGACCAUGUUUGUGAACUGCUGAACACUAUUGAUGCUUGCCAAGUUUUCUUUGAUAUUACUGUAAAUUUUGACCUCACAAAGAACUACCUAGACUUAGUGGUGACCUACACUACAUUAAUGAUACUGCUAUCUCGGAUCGAGGAACGCAAGGCAAUCAUCGGCCUGUACAACUAUGCUCAUGAAAUGACGCAUGGUUCAAGUGACCGAGAGUACCCGAGGCUUGGGCAGAUGAUCGUGGACUAUGAGAACCCUCUGAAGAAGAUGAUGGAGGAGUUUGUGCCCCAUGGGAAGUCCUUGUCGGACGCCCUGAUCUCUUUGCAGAUGGUGUACCCGCGCCGCAACCUGUCCGCAGACCAGUGGAGGAACGCCCAGCUGCUCAGCCUCAUCAGCGCCCCCAGCACCAUGCUCAACCCCGCACAGUCCGACACGAUGCCCUGUGAAUACCUGUCCUUGGACUGCAUGGAGAAAUGGAUUGUGUUUGGCUUCAUGCUGUGCCACGGGACUCUGAAUAGCGACCCGGCCGCCCUCAGCCUGUGGAAGCUGGCUCUGCAGAGCAGCUCCUGCCUCUGCCUCUUCAGGGACGAGGUCUUCCACAUCCACAAGGCCGCAGAGGACCUCUUCGUCAACCUGCGCGGCUACAACAAGCGUGUGAAUGACAUACGAGAGUGCAAAGAGUCGGCCCUCUCUCACGCGGGCUCAAUGCACCGAGAGCGGCGCAAGUUCCUGAGGUCGGCGCUGAAGGAGCUGGCCACGGUGCUGGCUGACCAGCCGGGCCUACUCGGACCAAAGGCCUUAUUUGUGUUCAUGGCCCUGUCUUUUGCCCGGGAUGAGAUCAUUUGGCUGCUGCGGCACGCAGACAACAUUCAGAAGAAGAGCACAGACGACUUUAUCGAUAAGCACAUUGCGGAGUUGAUCUUCUACAUGGAGGAGCUGAGGGCCCACGUGCGCAAGUACGGUCCGGUCAUGCAGCGGUACUACGUACAGUACUUGUCUGGCUUCGACGCCGUGGUUCUGAACGAACUGGUCCAGAACCUGUCCGUCUGUCCUGAGGACGAGUCUAUCAUCAUGUCCUCCUUCGUCAACACGAUGACCUCUCUCAGUGUCAAACAAGUGGAGGACGGCGAGGUGUUUGAUUUCAGGGGCAUGCGGCUGGACUGGUUCAGAUUGCAGGCCUACACCAGCGUGUCCAAGGCUUCGCUGGGCUUGGCUGACCACAGGGAGCUGGGCAAGAUGCUCAACACCAUCAUCUUCCACACCAAGAUGGUGGACUCACUGGUGGAGAUGCUGGUGGAAACCUCCGAUCUCUCCAUCUUCUGCUUUUACAGUCGGGCGUUUGAGAAGAUGUUUCAGCAGUGUCUGGAGCUGCCGUCCCAGUCCCGCUACUCCAUCUCCUUCCCCCUGCUCUGCACACACUUCAUGAGCUGCACCCACGAGCUCUGCCCAGAGGAGCGGCACCACAUCGGCGACCGCAGCCUGUCACUGUGUAACAUGUUCCUGGACGAGAUGGCCAAGCAAGCACGCAACCUCAUCACGGACAUCUGCACAGAGCAGUGCACCCUCAGUGACCAGCUCCUGCCAAAACACUGUGCCAAAACCAUCAGUCAGGCGGUGAACAAGAAGUCCAAAAAGCAGACGGGGAAGAAGGGCGAGCCGGAGCGGGAGAAGCCGGGCGUGGAGAGCAUGCGGAAGAACCGGCUGCUGGUCACCAACUUGGACAAGCUUCACACUGCCCUGUCGGAACUCUGCUUCUCCAUCAACUACGUGCCCAACAUGGUGGUUUGGGAGCACACCUUCACCCCGCGGGAGUACCUCACCUCCCACCUGGAAAUCCGCUUCACAAAGUCCAUCGUGGGCAUGACGAUGUACAACCAGGCGACGCAGGAGAUCGCCAAGCCCUCGGAGCUGCUGACCAGCGUGCGCGCCUACAUGACGGUGCUGCAGUCGGUGGAGAACUAUGUGCAGAUCGACAUCACGCGCGUCUUCAACAACGUGCUGCUGCAGCAGACCCAGCAUCUGGACAGCCACGGCGAGCCCACCAUCACCAGCCUAUACACUAACUGGUAUCUGGAAACACUACUGCGACAAGUGAGCAACGGACACAUAGCGUAUUUCCCAGCCAUGAAGGCCUUCGUCAACCUCCCUACAGAAAACGAGCUGACCUUCAACGCAGAGGAGUACUCCGACAUCUCUGAGAUGCGGUCGCUGUCGGAGCUGCUGGGGCCGUACGGAAUGAAGUUCCUCAGCGAGAGCCUCAUGUGGCACAUCUCCUCCCAGGUGGCCGAGCUCAAGAAACUGGUGGUGGAGAAUGUGGAGGUGUUGACUCAGAUGAGGACUAGCUUCGACAAGCCGGAGCAGAUGGCUGCCCUCUUCAAGAAACUCACAUCAGCGGUCGACAGUGUCCUGAAAAGGAUGACCAUCAUCGGCGUCAUCCUCUCAUUCCGCUCCCUGGCACAGGAGGCCCUGCGAGACGUACUCUCCUGUCACAUUCCUUUCCUGGUGAGCUCAGUGGAGGACUUCAAGGAUCACAUUCCGCGGGAGACAGACAUGAAGGUGGCCAUGAACGUGUACGAGUUGUCGUCCGCUGCCGGCUUGCCAUGCGAGAUCGACCCUGCCCUGGUGGUGGCGCUCUCCUCUCAAAAGUCUGAGAACAUCAGUCCGGAGGAAGAGUACAAGAUAGCCUGCCUGCUGAUGGUCUUUGUGGCCGUUUCCCUGCCAACGCUGGCCAGCAACGUCAUGUCCCAAUACAGCCCUGCCAUCGAAGGCCACUGCAACAACAUCCACUGUUUGGCCAAGGCCAUCAACCAAAUAGCUGCUGCUCUCUUCACCAUCCACAAGGGCAGCAUCGAGGACCGACUCAAAGAAUUCCUUGCUCUGGCCUCUUCCAGCCUAUUGAAGAUCGGCCAGGAGACCGAUAAGACCACGACGAGGAACAGGGAGUCAGUCUACUUGCUCCUAGAUAUGAUUGUGCAAGAAUCUCCGUUCCUCACCAUGGAUCUGCUGGAAUCGUGUUUCCCCUACGUCCUUCUCCGAAAUGCUUACCACGCCGUCUACAAACAGUCGGUGUCCGCCUCUGCAUAAAAGAUGACCACACGACCAACCAACCAACUGACCAACCACCCAACCCUACUGCCCCCCUGAUGCCCCCUCCAUCCUCCUACCACCUCCACCUCCACCCCUCCUCUCCUCUCCUCCCCCCGCCACUCUUCUUGGCAUGUCAAGCGGGCACAGAGAGCUCUCAUUCCAUAGACCCGUGUAGUCUUCUUCUUUUAACCUUAUAGUCUUAAGGCUUUUGUGGGAUCCAACCUUUCAUAAAGAAAAAAAUGCAACGAACAAAAAAACAAACAAACAAACAAACAAAAAAAGUAUUGUAUGAACAACCUGUUUAUUGAACAUUGAAGGUAAACACGUAAGGUUGUCAGGGACAUGUGGCACUACUUUGAGAAAAAAAAGGAGAAAAAAAUGAACUUUUGAGCUUUUUUUGUUUCUUAAUUUGAAAUGGAAGCAAGAAAAAAUCUGUAUCUGUGUGUGUAUUUGGGACGGGUUGGGGUGAAAAUACGUAAUCUACAUCAUGCUAAAAAAAAUGCUUGUUUAAUGACAGAUGCCUCUAUGAUACACAGUGAUUCUUUUAGAUGUCCUUCUAGAUUUAAUCUGUGUGGGUUAAUGCGUGCUUUUCUUUCUGUGAAUUUGCAUUUUAUUUUUACACAUUGUGUUACUUUGAAUUAUUUGCCAAAAUACUGAAAUAAUAGCAUCUCAUUUGGGUUGAAAACAGCAGAAUUGUGGUUAACUACAUGUUAUUAAAAAAAAAACAACCAAUAGUGUUGUUUGUACAAAGCAUAGUAUAAUUUUUUAACUAACUCAUAAUGCCUAAUUGGCGUUACCACUCCAGUGUACCUGUCUAUGCGGUAUAAUAAACAUUCGUACAUAUUUAUUGAAUGUUUAUCAGUUGUUCUCCCCUUAACCAGUUUUAUAUGUUUUGAAUUUUUGGAAAUGACCAUGUAUCUUCCAUAACACGAAUAAACAUCAGGUCAUAUGCAUAAACUU